AUGCGGUCCGGUAUUCUCAACGCCCUCACCAGGGCCGCCUGUACGCUUUCCGUGUUGGGCGAUAUCCUCCCAGCUGCCGCCAUUUCCGUUGGGAGCACCGUCUUGAUCCUGGCUCGCAAUGAAGGUGAAGCUAAAAGCGCCGCCAUGGGCCUUGACGGCUAUGGGAUACCUUAUCAAAAAGUCAUAUUUCCCGCUGGAGGGACAGGCUUGCCCGUUUUGAACUCUUCGGCAACACAGGGCAAUUUCGGCGGCAUCGUCGUCAUCUCUAAUGUGGCAUAUGAUAACAAUGGCACGUUUGCGAGCGCCGUUACAUCCCAGCAGUGGGCUCAAAUAAACAGCUACCAGUCCACGUUCAAGGUGCGCAUGGUUCGAAUUAAUGAGUAUCCUAGCGCAGAAUAUGGCACCAUCGUUGCCAAUACCGCUGAGCCCGGCUGCUGCGGAAGCAAUGUUGAGCAAAAGAUCAGUCUCACCAAUACCGCGCUGUUCCCGGGGGCAAAUCUCAAAGCAAAUGCCGGUGUAUCUACGCAGGGUCUCUGGCACUACCCGGCCACCAUCACAAACACGACCACGACCAAGGAAGUGGCGAGCUUUGAUGCGGCAGCAGGCUUUCCAUCAAAGACAACUGCUGCCGUGGUCCAUUCUGCCAAUGGCCGUGAGCAGAUGGUCUGGUUCAUUAGCUGGGAUCCUACCUGGUCUCAGACCUCUAGCUAUCUGCAGCACGCCUACAUUCACUGGAUGACACGCAGCUUGUUUGUCGGCAAACGUCAAAGCCACCUGAGCGCCCAAGUUGACGACAUUCAUCUGGACACGGAGCUUUACUCCCCCGCCAAUACUACCUUCAAGAUCCGGACCGGGGAUCUGGAUGCCCAUGUCACUUGGCAAAAGAACCUCGCUACCCGUCUGCCCGCCGGGUCUGACUUCUGGCUGGAGAUGGGCCACAAUGGAAACGGCAACAUCAUCGGCGCCACGUCAACGACGAGUGGUGGAACGACUUGUAAGCCAGCCUACGCCGUUGACUACACCUCUCCCCCAGAUACACCCCUCGAGUUCGUGAAGCCCCCCGGCACCGGCGUGGAUCUCUGGCCCGCGGAAUUCGUGAGCUACACGUGGUCGACCACAUGCGCAAAUCUCGACUCGCUCGGCGCCUGGUUCACCAAGACGGCCAACCUCAACGCCUUUGCUCAUGUGUCGCACACGUUUUCCCAUGAGGAACUCAAUAAUGCCACAUAUCACGACGCCUCCCGUGAAAUCUCCUUCAACCAGGCCUUCCUCAAGUCCACGGGUAUCGACAGAGCGGCCAGAUUCUCUCCCAAGGGCAUUAUCCCACCCGCCAUCACCGGCCUGCACAAUGCGGACGCCAUCAAGGCCUGGACCGACAACGGCAUCGUGUACGUGGUUGGCGACAACACUCGCCCCGUGUUGCGCAACCAGGACAGCGUAUACUGGCCCCUGCGCUCGACUGUGCAAUCAAACGGUCGCGAAGGCAUCACCAUUGUCCCGCGCUUUGCCACCACUAUAUACUACAACUGUGACUUGCCCGCCUGCACUUUAAAAGAGUGGAUAGACACGUCCGGCGGCUCGGGAGACUUCAACGCCCUCCUUGACAACGCGCGGGCCGUCAACACGCGCAACCUUCUCAGCCUUCAAGCCGACCCUUACAUGUUCCACCAGGCCAACAUGCGCCAGAUAGACGUGGCCCCUCUCACCGUUGGCUCACAGACGGGGAAGCUAUCUCUUAUUAUGGCCUGGGUCGAGACCAUUGCCCAAGAGAUGACUCGCCUCACCAACUGGCCACUCUUGUCGUUGAAGCACGACGACCUCGCCACCUACUUCAUCAACCGCAUGACCCUGGACGCGUGUCAGCCAAAGUCUUCGUACACCUACUCUACCGACGGCAAGUCCAUUGAGCGGGUGACGGUGACCGCAAACGGAAACACAUGCAGUGUCCCUGUUCCCGUCACCUUCCCCGGUGGCAUAGCUACCACCGCGCUCGGUGGCCCUCUGAAGUCGACCCAGGUUGGCAGUGAGCCGCCCAUUCUGUGGGUGACACUCUCCGGGAAGCCCGUAGAGAUUCGAUUGUGGACCCCGGUCAAUCUGUAA